AUGGUAACAGAGGAGGGUUACUAUGGAAACAAACAAGAACACUGCAUCACUGUUACAGAUAAACUGCAGCCGACUCUGACUGUAAAUCCUCAGAGUUCAGUGUUCACUGGAGACACAGUUACUCUGAGCUGUGAUGUGGGACAGUCAACUGGAUGGACAAUUCACUGGAGGAAAGACUCAAACCCUGAAUCCACUGAUGCAGCAACUAAAACAAUCAAGUCUGUGAGUGUCUCUGAUGGAGGAAGAUACUGGUGCAGAGCACAACGAGGAGAAUAUUACAGCGAGUUCAGUGAUGCAGUUGAUAUAACAGUAAAAGAGAGACCCAAACCUGCAGUGAGUGUUCGUCCUGAUAAAAAUGUGUUCAGAGGAGAGAAAGUCACUCUCACAUGUGACAUACAGGAGACAAUCCCUGCAUUAGAUGAUGAUGAAUUGACAUUGAAUUUUGUAUCAUGA